UUCCCAGCAUGCAACGCGGAGCUUCCGACUUCCGGCGUGAGGGACAGAGUGAGUGUCUACCCCGGCGGCUCUGCGGCCGGGCUCCUUCCGCGGGACGGGGAGGAAGAGAGAGCGAGAAAGAGAGAGGAUGUCUCUCUCAGACUGGCACCUUGCAGUGAAACUGGCUGACCAGCCAUUGGCCCCAAAAUCCAUUCUCCGGUUGCCAGAGACAGAACUAGGCGAAUAUUCCUUGGGUGCCUAUAGUAUAUCAUUUUUGAAGCAGCUCAUUGCUGGCAAACUGCAGGAGUCAGUCCCAGAUCCAGAGCUGAUUGAUCUGAUCUACUGUGGUCGAAAGUUAAAGGAUGACCAGACCCUUGAUUUCUAUGGCAUUCAGCCUGGGUCCACAGUCCAUGUUCUUCGAAAGUCAUGGCCCGAACCAGAUCAGAAAGCAGAGCCUGUGGACAAAGUGGCUGCCCAAAGGGAGUUCCGUGUCUUGCACACUGCCUUGCAUAGCAGUCCUGCCUACCGAGAUGCAGUCUUUAAGAUGCUAGGGAAUAAAGAAUCCCUGGAUCAGAUCAUUGUAGCCACCCCAGGCCUGAACAAUGAUCCCAUUGCACUGGGGGUGCUUCAGGAUAAGGACCUCUUCUCGGUCUUUGCUGAUCCCAGCAUGCUGGAUACGCUGGUGCCGGCUCACCCUGCUCUAGUCAAUGCCAUCAUCCUGGUUCUGCACUCAGUGGCGGGCAGCACUCCACUCCCAGUGGCAGAGGCCUCCUCUCGAAGCCUGCCGUCUAGUUCCUACAGGGACAUGCCAGGUGGCUUCUUGUUUGAAGGACUUUCUGAUGAUGAAGACGACUUUCAUCCAAGCACAAGGUCCACGCCCUCCAGCAGCACGUCUAGCUCACGCCCAGCAUCUCUGGGGUACAGUGGAGCAGCUGGCCCUCGGCCGAUCACGCAGAGCGAGCUGGCCACAGCCCUGGCCCUGGCCAGCACCCCGGAGAGCAGCUCUCACACCCCUACCCCUGGCACCCAGGGCCACUCCUCAGGCACUUCACCAAUGUCCACCAGUGUCCAGUCAGGUACCCCUAUUACUAAUGAUCUCUUCAGCCAGGCCCUCCAGCAUGCCCUGCAGGCCUCGGGUCAGCCAAACCUCCAGAGCCAGUGGCAGCCCCAGCUACAGCAGCUCCGAGACAUGGGCAUCCAUGAUGAUGAGCUGAGCCUCCGAGCCCUCCAGGCAACUGGGGGGGACAUCCAGGCAGCCCUGGAGCUCAUCUUUGCUGGAGGGGCUCCUUGACCCCUGUCUGAGGCUAUAGUGCACGGGCCAUUUGGGAUGCUGUAAAGAUAAGAUGAUUGUAAGGGUCCUGGGACCAACAUAUUUCCCCAAUACACUUUAUGUGGAAACUGCUUGCAUGUUGUGAAGGCUCCCUAGUCAGAGUCAGGGCAUGUGACGUGAAGCAGGAGUGAUCUGCCUGGUCCGGCUGCCCUUGAUAGAUAAUGGGACGUUGGCAUUGAUUCUGGAGAGUUUUGGACUCGAGCCCCCACAGCAUCAUGGGCCGGUUCUGUGGGCCUGAGGAAUCCAGCUCAACAGGGUCCAUUCUCUGUUUAUGGGAAGGGGAUCACCCCAGAGGUAUUCAGGGCUCAAGUAUCUGAGGCCUCUGUCCCCUGAGAGGAGACCUGGCCCUGGGCCCAACGGUGGGGAACAGGGGUUCCCCCUUCUUCACAGAGAAUUUUUUUUUAAUUCUGUAACUACUUGGAAAUCCUAUAGUCAGGAAUCCCUUGUUCACCCUAGGAAGUUAGCGCAGGAUCACAAUUUUGAGGGGUUCUAGUUCAAUUCAUGAGUUGCCUGUGGGACUUCAAGGAGCGAAGAUUGGAGUAGGACAUCCCCAGGUCUCCUUUUCCCACAAAGGGUUCAGAAUUUGUAAGCUGUUCACACCCCCUAGUACGUCCCUCCCUCCUGUGCCCUAGUCCACUCUGGGGCCUUUCUGUGUCCCACCCUGAGCCACAAGCCUGAGGGCAUGAGGCUUAGAGGCAGGGGACAGAAUUACAGAACCUGGAUUUGAACCCGGGCUCACAAACGCAACCAGCUGAGUGACCAUGGGCAAGUGACGUCACCCCCUGAACAUCACGUCAUCUGUAAAACAGCCAGUAAUCCCUCCAGUGUCUGCCCUAAAAGUGUUCUCCACCUAAGGAGCUAUUAUGAUUCAUAAUAAGGGUAGCUGGCUCUUUGUGAGGGGUGGCCCAGCAAUCAGAAAGUCCCUGGGAUAGCAAAUGCCUGCUGGCUUAGGCACAGUGUCCUUUGAAGAGCCUUUUUCUGAAGGUACAUCCAGUCUAGACAGGAAGGCAAGGCACAAUUACAGAAGGUAUUACAUAAAUGGUAAUGAAGUAGAAAGGUCCCCUUCAGGAGCACAGAGUCAAGUCCAGCGUCUCCCUGUACAGGUACCUAGCUCUUCUACAGCAUCCCCAACGAGCGGCCAUUCAUUUAGCCUUUUCUUGAAGAUUUCCUAAGGUGGGCCUUCCUACUUUGGGCCAGCUUAAUAUGAGAUUUCCACCAAAAUCUGCCUCGUUGCGACCUCCCAUUUGUUCUUAGUUCUGCUCUCUGGACCAAGCAAAACAGGUUCUUCAUGACAGCCCUUCACAUGUGAAAAUAGCUUGUGCCCCCUCCACGGCAUUUUCUAAACUAAAAGUCCUGCAUUCCUUCAAUAGAUCCUUCCUCAGCCUGCUGCUCUCCUCUGCAUGUGCUUUGGGCUGUGCUCCAUUGGCCCGCCAGCUUUUCCUGAUUCUUGGUUUCCUGCGUGGUUUGUAAAGGGGGGGCGGGGCAAGAAAAUUCCUUUUGUCUGUCCUAUGUGGUUUACUUGGGCAUGGUAUGUUAAUUAAAGGAAAUCUAUAACUCGUU